UUCCAUUCCCGGUCCGUUAACAGGGCUAGAGGUAUUGUGUAGUGGGAGGGCGAGUGUUGCAGGGGAGUGGCUGUUCCUUACAUCUGACUCCCUGCAGCCCCUGGCGCAUUGUGGAUGACUGCGGCGGUGCCUUCACCAUGGGUAUCCUUGGUGGUGGUGUCUUCCAGGCCAUCAAGGGCUUCCGCAACGCCCCCAUGGGUGUUCAGCACCGGCUUCGGGGCAGUGUCAAUGCUGUACGGGUCCGAGCCCCCCAGAUUGGAGGCAGCUUUGCAGUGUGGGGUGGCCUGUUCUCUACCAUCGACUGUGGACUGGUGCGGGUGCGGGGCAAAGAGGAUCCCUGGAACUCCAUCACCAGUGGGGCCCUCACAGGCGCUGUCCUUGCAUCCCGCAGUGGCCCUCUGGCCAUGAUGGGCUCAGCCAUGAUGGGCGGCAUUCUCCUGGCCCUCAUUGAGGGCUUCGGCAUCCUGCUCACACGCUACACGGCCCAGCAGUUCCAGAACCCCAAUCCCUUUGCAGAGGACCCAAACCAACUGUCCCCCAAGGAUGGUCCCAACUCAGCUGGCUACCCAGGCUAUAGGCAGUACCAGUGAACCCCUUUUGGCACCCUGAGAAGAAGAGGGGCUGCUUGCCCCAUGCCUAUAGACUGGCUCUGCCCCUUCUGGCUUGUGCAUGAAGGGCUGCAGAAAGGGAUGCAGCCCCUUCCCUUCCCUUCCCCGCCAGGCCAGGGGCCACCACCCUGAUCCCAGCAUUACCCCGUUUCUGGAGGGGAGGGUCAUUUGUAUUUAAAGAGGUUUUUACAGUGGUUGAAUAAAAAGAUUCUUACAA